AUGUCUUCCCCACCCAAUCUACUCGCUGGAUACCCCGCUUCAGGUCAGUGCCCAUAAAGCACUUUUAGUGGUCCGUCUAAAGUUGUGGGAACGAGGGAUGACGGUGGCGGAGAUCGAUUGUGGGGCAGGAAGGGGAGGCGGAGAGGAAGGAAGGUGGGGGUGGGGUUUUACCGCCUUUGCGCGGGAACGACGUCUGGUAGUUCGAUUGCGGAGGGAUGCAAAGGAGGUAUGAGAUUCACAGGUUGUGGCGAGAAGGUUUACUGAUACACACUUUUUUUUGGCGUUUGAAUUAUCAUCUUUUGGGGCUGGGGAAACACGUAGUCAAAGUCGGUGGAGUGCGCCAUGUCGAUUUGAGUAGUUCACCACCGAAGCAUCUUCAGUGAGUUUCGAAACUUUGACCGAUUCAAUGUACCCUUUUUCGUCUCCCAACGAGAAUGGAUCGGAAAGGAGAGGGGUUUAUGGGAGAGAACUUAACCGAGCUGAUUGACCGCCUCGAUUUAUCAUAUUAGUUUCAAACCCUCCUCCUCUACCCCCGGCGGCGGCGGUAAACGAAGGACUUCGAUGAGCAAGCCUUCCACUGGAGCUGCUCAAGAGACGGAGCAAGGCGCCAAAGAGGGACACGAGACCUUGAAGGUCGAUAAGGAGGGGGAAGGCGGUUAUCCGAGGCCUGAGUGA